AUGUCUUCUCAAUACACAGCCUACGCCUACACCCACCACGGCCCCCCUGCCACCGUCCUCAACACCACCCAGCUCCCCCUCCCCACAACCUCCGCCCUCUCCUCCACCCACCUUCUCAUCCGCACAACCUCCCUCGCCCUCAACCCCAUCGACCACAAAUUCAUGCUCAACACCGCCCUCGGCUGGACAGGCCUCAUCACGAAACCCAGCGUACCCUGCGAAGACGUUAGUGGCGUCGUCGAGUGGGCUGGGGAUGAGGUCAAGGAGGAGUUUGCGGUUGGGACGAAGGUUUGGGGGGUUGUUGAUGCGCCGGAUCAGAUGAAGAGGGGUGGGACGUUGGGGGAGUAUGCACUCCUUAACAGUGCCCAUGCUAUUCCUCUCCCCACUGAGGGACAAGUUGGAUUAGUCGAUGCGGGCGGUUUGGGAUGUUCGAGUUUGACUGCAUACCAGGCACUCGUACAAGAUGGGGGCUUGAGGGAAGGACACAGGGUUUUCGUUAAUGGGGCUUCUGGGGGUGUGGGUACCAUGGCCAUUCAAAUCGCUAAACACAUUGUUGGGCCGCGUGGGGUUGUUGUGGGUGCGUGUUCGGCGAAGAACGUCGAGUUGGUCAUGGAGUUGGGCGCGGAUGACGUCGUCGACUACACCGCCGGAGACCUCGGCAAACAGCUCGCGGUCAAGUAUGGCAAGGAACCGUUCGAUCUCGUCCUCGACACUGUCGGAAUCGAUGACCUCUACCACGCUUCCCCCAAAUUCUUGAAGGCAGAGGGGGGCAAAUUCGUCAACGUCGGCGCCGAAGUCACCUCUUUAUCCGACAUCCUCCGUCUCUCAUCAUCCAUGAUCCCCAAGCUCCUCCAACCGACCUGGCUGGGUGGGACACCCCGUCCGUAUAUCUUCUCCGCAUUGAAAAUCACCAAGGAUAAGUUGGAAGCAGUUAAUACGAUGGUUAGGGAUGGUGUGUUGAGGGUUAUCGUUGAUUCGAAGUGGGAGUUUGGGAAGAGGGAGAGUGUGAUUGGGGCUUUUGAGAAGAUUAUGGGAAAGAGGACGAGGGGAAAGGUCUUGAUUGUCGUUAGGGAUGAGGAGUAA